GGACUUUUGUCUGGAGGUGUGUAUGCUGUUAUGGUCUCUAUGAAUUCCUAUGGGUAUCAGUCGUGUUGCAUCUGAAAGACACUUUCUACGGAAUCAUCUAUUAUCUCAAGCUCUUGCAGUCUCCUGCCUCCUCUUCCACACAGCUCUCUGAGCCCUGAGAGGAGGGGUUUGAUGAUGACAUUACACUUAGAACUGAGUGCUCUGAAACCUCUUGCUCUGCAUAUUGUCUAAUCGUGGGUCUCUGAUCAUUCCCACCCCCGAAACAAGCUGCUUUUCUGAUGUGGGCUGAUGAAGGCAUUGCUCUAUGAGUCUAACAGUAUGUCACUGGAAUCAAGACUAGGUAAGCCAUGGGCCUAGAGGAAAUCCUAACACUGUUGUUCUCUAAAUAGAACAUGGCCACUGUCGUGUAAUAAGCAGUUUUUGAGGGACACUUAAAAUCAAGCCUUAUUAACAAGCAGUUUAAAACAAAACAAAAUCCCAUUGAGAUGGAGAAAUAGUUUGAUGACUCAAAACAUUUACUCUUCUUUCAGAAGAGCAGGGUUUGGUCCCCAGUGCCCACAUAAGGUGGUUCAUAUCCAUUUAUAAUUCUUGUGGUACCUGACACCUCUGGUCUCCUUGGGCACCAGCACUUAUAUGCAAUUACCCAUUCAUAGUUAAAAGUAAUAAAAAAUCCUUUUUAAAAAUCCUCAGCCACUGGUAUCAUAUAUUCUGGACAGUCCUGUCUAUUCCUACAGUCUACAGUGUUGACAGUAAUAGUAGGGUGUGCUGACAAGAGGCUUGGCUUGGUUGGUAUCCGGUGAGCAGACAAAAAACCUCAUGCAAUGGCAGUCAGCAUCCGUGACCAACUCCUGCCCCUGCAGACUGAAACAUGACAGAAAGGGAAAACUGACAGGACAUGUGAAGAGAAAGGGAUUUCUCUUCUAGGAGUCUAGUUGAAGUCUGGCCAUCUGAGAGACAAGAAUUCCAAGACAAUUAACAAAAUUAGCCAUGAAGGUUGCCUAUAUACAGAGAAUAUUCCUUUUAUAUAAAGAAAUUUUAAAUUGGCAUAUUCCUGACUCAAAGACAGCAAAUUUCCCCUUAGGGAAGAUUCUAGAAAUGGCAUCCUUCCCAUUUAAGAGCAGCUUUUAAAUCGAGGAUCAGAAGACAUAAAAUUUAAAAGACUUAUAGUAUCCACAUAACCCAACUAAUCUAUAGGCCCAUGUGCUCAUGUUUAAACGUUCUUUUCCCCCUUUUCUUCCCAUAAGGGCUUGGAGAAAGUAUGUGUCUGCCUAACAUAGAUGCAUUUAAAAUACUUCCCCAUGCAUUAUCUUCAGUGGUUCGAUGCAUUUUUUUUUUUUUUGGUUCUUUUUUUCGGAGCUGGGGACCGAACCCAGGGCCUUGCGCUUCCUAGAUAAGCGCUCUACCACUGAGCUAAGUCCCCAGCCCCCUGGAUGCAUUUUUUUAAAAGUGUGAUUUGUCAGCAUUUUAAGGUACAGGCACAAGAGUCUCACCGCUCUCCAUACUUCCCCCAGGUGAGGGAUAUCUUCCACUAAAGCCACAUCAGCUUUAAAGCUGAGCCACACUUCAGGACUAGCUACUUUAUGAAGCAGAAUUAGAGAUUUUAUUACAUAGUUGCUUCUGCUGCUGGGAUACAAUAUCACUGUAUAGUUACUUUCUGUCGCUGUGAUACAAAAUCACCGUAAUAGUUACUUUGUCACUGAUACAUUAUAUACCUAUUUUCUGUCGCUGUGAUACAGUAUCACCUUAUAGGUACUUUCUGUGGCUGUGAUAUAACAUCCCUGUCAAAGCAAGGAACAGAAGAGUUUACUGUGGCUUAGGGUUCCAGAGGGAUGAGAGUCCCUCAUGAUGGGGAGGCUUGGCUGCAAGAGCAAGAGUCUGAGAUCAUAGUCUUCAUUUUUUUGAAAGAUUUUUUUUAAUGUGUAUAGUUGAUUUGCCUGUGUGUAUGCAUAUGUGCCAUGUGCUCAUGGAAGUCAGAACUGGAAUUUCUGGUGCUUGUGAGUCACCAGGUGGAUGCUGGGAAUUGAACUUAGGUCCUCUGCAAGAGCAGCCAGGGCUCUCAACCACAGAGCCAUCCCCCUUCCCCCCGACCCCCAGACUCCUAAGAGAUGACAUCUUCAACCACAGACACUAAACAGAGUGAACUGGACUAAUGCCUGACCCCAGAGACAUACUUCAUCCAGCAAGGCUCAACCUCCAAAUGGUUCCAUAACCUCACAAAGUGCGACUGAGGAACAAGCAUUUGAACAUAUAAGCUUAUGAAGACAUUCCACCACAUCUUUAUUUAAUAUUUGUGUGUAUGUUGAUGAUGUUUGUGUUUAUUUGUGCACCGUUGUCCAUGUACCCCCCUUUGUGUGUAGAGGUCAAAGGACAACUCUGGGUGUCUACCCUUACCUUCUAGCUGAAGACAGAUCUCAUCAUUACUUCAUACACCUGGCCCAGGAGCUUCCAGAAAUUCCUGAUUACAGACACACAAUCUGUGGGUCAAAACUCAGGUCUUCAUGCUUGCACAGCAGGCGAUUUAUCCACUAAGCCCUCUCUCCAGUCCGUAGUAAAGAUGUGUUCAUAUAGGCUUAAGUUCAGGGGUUAGGAGGAAAAGCAUGGCGGUGAGCUCCUCAAAGAGCUCAAAGACCCAUUGUUUUCUCAAUGCUCCUAGACAGGAUUUUGGGCGGGGGUUGAGGUUACAUCAUAGGGUGGUUUCUACUCUUCCAGAGGACCUGAGCUAGGUUCCCAGUGUUGGCUCCAACUGUCUAAAACUCUAGCCAGGGAAGCCAGUCCUGCCCUCUUCAGGCACUUGCACAAAUGUGAACACACACACACACACACACACACACACACACACACACAAAUAAAUCCUAAAGAGAACUACAAAAUAAACAGUAUUUUCUGUGAAGGCUGUUGACAUGAAAUUAAUAUUGUUCACAUAGAUAUUUAGGUUAAUCUAGCAGUGACCGGGCUGAAGAUCUGAAUGUGUGUUACUUUAUGUAGGUAGGGCCCUCUUUCUUGCUCCCAGAAAUUGCCUGAGAAUUUUUAUACCUUAACUUUGUUCAUAGUAAAGCUAUCCUACAUUGCUGAAUGCUAUCAGUUGUAAGCCUGUCAUUGUGUAUGUGUUUCUAAGUGUGGAAGCCAGAAAGGUCAACUUCCAGUAUCUGCCUAUAGCCCUUUGCACAUGCUUUUGAGACAGGGCCUCUCAUUGAACAUAGAGUCAAUGUUUUGGCUAGGCUGGCAGGACAGUGAACCUCUCACCCCAGGACCUGCCUGUCUGUGUUCCUCCAGUGUACUAGCCUUUUCUAUGGCUGCUGGGGAUCUGAACUCAAGUCCUCACACUUAGUAAGCACUUUAUCCACUCAGCCAUUUCCCUGGCCCAGAAAAGGACUUUUACAAAGAUGUCACUCGAUAUUCAACUUUGAACUGCACACUUGCAUCUUAUCGCCAGGCACUACCUGGAGUACAUUUUGAAAUUUUUUAUUUACUUAUUUUAAUUUUACCUAAAAAUUGGUUAUGGGUGUUUUGCCUACAUGUAUAUCUGUGUGGGCCAGAAGAGGCCAUUGGAUCCCCUGAGACUGGAGUUAGUUAUAAGGGGAAGGAACUGGUGUCCUCUGAAAGCAGCCAGAGCUGUCAAUUGUUGAGCCAUCUCUCUACUCCCACCUGUAUUGUUUAUAUUUCUAAGUGACUUUAUAUAACCCUGGCUGGCCUAGAACUUACUAUGCAAACCAGGCUGGCCUCAAACUUACAGAAAUUCACCGCCUCUGUUUUUUGAUGCUUGAUUAAAGGUGUUGACUACCAUGCCUCCCCUGUAUUAUUUUUUAAAAUGUUUUCAUUACAUUUAUCCAUUAAUGUGUUGGUGCCGGUGUACACAUUCCUGAGUAUGUUUUUGCCCCAGUCCCCCUAUGGAGGUUAAAGGAUAACUUGUCAGUCCCUGGGACUAAGAUUAAAUUCAGGUUAUCAAGUUUGACAAGUGCCUUUUCCCACGGACUCAUUCACUAGUUAGUUCUUUGGGGAGUUGUUUUUAAGACAGUGUCACAGAGCUAGCCUAGGCUGAUCUGGACUUUCAGUGUAGCUGAAGGUGACGUUAAACUUCUGAUCCUCCUGCCUCAACAUUUGUGGAGUGUUUCGAUGAGUAUUAGCUACCACAGUUAUUUAAAGAAACCAUGACUUUAAAAAAUAUUUUCUUGUAGUCAUUCCUCAGCAGCAUCAAAUCAGCAUAUUUGGGGUUUGCACUGUAUUAGAAUUCUUGAGUUUAAAAACUGCUUCAGGGGCUGGGGAUUUAGCUCAGUGGUAGAGCGCUUACCUAGGAAGCGCAAGGCCCUGGGUUCGGUCCCCAGCUCCGAAAAAAAGAACCAAAAAAAAAAAAAAAAAAACUGCUUCAGUUAGCCUGCUCACAAAAAUCUGUUAAAUCAAUUUUGUCUUGGGAUUAGGGCAGAAUCUUUAAUAAUUUCUGAAAUGUCCAUAAACUUAUUCAUGCUAUUUCAUACAAGUAUUUGUGAAAAAGUGUUCUUGGCGCUGACAUUUAUAAAAUUUAAAACUUUGAGAAACUACGUUUUAUAUCCUUUGGUAUCAAAUAUUUAGCUGACUUCUUUAUAUUAAAAAUGGCAAACAUGGGCUGGAGAGAUGGCUCAGUGGUUAAGAGCACUGACUGCUCUUCCACAGGUCCUGAGUUCAAUUCCUAGCAGCCCCAUGGUGGCUCACAACCAUCUGUAAUGAGAUCUGGUGCCUUCUUCUGGUGUGUCUGAAGACAGCUACACUGUACUCAUAUAUAAUAAAUAAAUCUUUUUAAAAAAUGGCAAACAUAUCCAUCUCAUUAAUAUGCAAAUGUGAUCUAAUAGUUAAUAAUAGUAAGGCUAGCAAUACAUAGCAAAAAUGCUUUUAAAUAAAUUUAUGAUUAUCAGUAAAUAUUUCUGGUAUACUUAUACAUACCUGGAGUUGUGUAAAGAAAUAAAGAAGUGGAAGUUUAAGUCCUAAUUAAGGAAAAGGUUAGGUACUGUAGGAAGUAAAUAAAAGCAGGAAACCCUGAGGCUGGGAAUGAAGCCCAGUUGGUCGAAUGCUUUUAACAUGCAUGAGGCCCUGAGUUCCAGCCCCAGCACUUUAUACAGCUUGGGUUGGUAGUUUAGCCCAGCACUUUGGGAGGUGGAAGCAGUAGGAGCAGAAAUUGAUGGUCAUUGGGCAACUCACAGCUUUUGAGGCACGUCUGUUUUAUAAGGAGGUUCUGUCUCAAAAGCGGUGUGGGAUGGGCAAAAGAGGCGUGCCCCCCCCCCAAUCCCUUCUUUCUUUUUCUUCUUCUUCUUCUUUGGAGUUUCAAGUGGGACGAGAGAUUAGUUAGAACUGUGGCUGAGUUGGAAAACUGCUGCUGGCCAACCAGCCAAUUACGUCAAGAGGAGCUCCGGGAUGCAGCUAACGUUUCGUGGCCAGCCAGAACCGAAUCUCACGCAAAGUCCCACAAAGACUCGGUAAACGAACCUCGCUAUGCCAGGCUAAUCUCCCUCUCCCGCCCGGACUGAUGCCUGUUCUGGAGACGCAGCUCAGACACCCCGCGGGUCUUCAGAAAGCGACCUCAGCUCACUCCGAGAGCAUCAGUGCUUAAGGGCGAGCAUCGCCGGAGCCCCGCCCAUCCCGGUCCACCCAAGGACCGCGCAAGCGCAGUUGGGCGGGACGCGGGGGGUCCACGUUCAGCGGCGUAGACAAAGGCGGGCGUGCGCACGCUCUUACGUAGGCCUGGGCCGGCGGCGGGCAGGGCAGGGCGGGAGCGGCAGUCACCGAGGACUGGAGUCGAGCCUCACGGCCGCUCUGGCAGCAUGUAAACAACCUUUUGCCAAGAACCCAGGUCACCGCUAAGAAGGGUGCCUUAAGGGAGAAGAAUAUCAGAGGACACCAAUGCCAGGAGUGUCUGGAACAGUGCUCGGUACAGGCAGCAUGAGACGUUCUGUGCCAGCCUCUGUGUGCUACUGGCAAAGGCUGGGGCUCUCCGGGUAGGAGGGUCCUGGGUCAGCCAGCGUCAAGAGCCCCCCGAGGGAGCAUGGGACCAGCUAUGAACUCUUUGCAGUAAGCUCAGUUUUAGCUUAUGAAGGAAUUUUAAGUAAACGUUACUUAAUCUCUACAGACGGACAUUCGGAAGCCUUGGUGAGAAGUGCCAGCAGCUGCCCUUGUCUACUGGAGUUUCAGGAUUCUUCUGGCGCCAAGGCGAACUCUUCUUGGUACUUGUGACAAUACAGAUCUUUAGGACAAAUUCACCUGCUGUGAAUGCUUUGGGCAGGAGGAAAAGUAAAACCUUGGCAGCAGCCACGUAGCUGACCAGAAAGCUCUCCCGUGCUACUCGCUUGCCCGGACACCCAGUCAGGACUCGGGCGCUGCUCCCGCCGCACUCAUCACAGAUUGUUUCCUGUGCCCGGGGGACCUGGCGUUUCUGGGGUGCUCCUGCGACCCUUUUCUUCUUCUCUGCGCCAGAGUUCUGUACUCAGGCAGUUGGAUGACGUGAACUUUGAGAUGGAGUUUGUCACCUGUGAGGGGCUGGCUGCCUUUCCAAGGCCUGUUCUGUCUGAAGGGACCAUCUGAAGGACGUGUUUGUGUGUGGAAAAGAGGGCACCAGCCUGACCCGCAUCCUCCACCAUGUUCCUGUUGCUGCCUUUUGAUAGCUUGAUUGUCAACCUCCUGGGCAUCUCCCUGACCGUCCUCUUCACCCUCCUACUUGUUUUCAUCAUUGUCCCUGCCGUCUUUGGAGUGUCCUUUGGUAUCCGAAAGCUGUACAUGAAAACACUGUUAAAGAUCUUCGCGUGGGCUACCUUGAGAAUGGAGAGAGGAGCCAAGGAGAAGAACCACCAGCUUUACAAGCCCUACACCAACGGAAUCAUUGCAAAAGAUCCCACUUCUCUGGAAGAAGAAAUCAAAGAAAUUCGUCGAAGUGGUAGUAACAAGGCUCUGGAUAAGACACCAGAGUUUGAGCUCUCUGACAUCUUCUACUUUUGCCGGAAAGGAAUGGAGACUAUUAUGGAUGACGAAGUGACAAAGAGAUUCUCGGCAGAGGAGUUGGAGUCCUGGAAUUUGCUGAGCAGAACCAAUUACAACUUCCAGUAUAUAAGCCUGCGGCUGACCAUCCUCUGGGGGUUAGGAGUGCUGAUCCGGUACUGUUUCCUUCUGCCACUCAGGAUUGCUCUGGCAUUCACAGGGAUUAGCCUCUUGGUAGCGGGCACUACCGUGGUUGGAUACCUGCCAAGUGGGAGGAAAAACAGACCAAGAAAUGGUGGCAUCUGUGUUGCUAACCAUACGUCGCCCAUUGAUGUGAUCAUCUUGGCCAGCGACGGCUACUACGCCAUGGUGGGACAGGUGCACGGGGGCCUUAUGGGUGUGAUUCAGAGAGCAAUGGUGAAAGCCUGCCCCCAUGUCUGGUUUGAGCGUUCUGAAGUGAAAGAUCGCCACCUGGUGGCUAAGAGAUUGACUGAGCAUGUACAAGAUAAAAGCAAGUUGCCCAUCCUCAUCUUCCCAGAAGGAACCUGCAUCAAUAACACAUCCGUGAUGAUGUUCAAAAAGGGAAGCUUUGAGAUUGGAGCCACUGUUUAUCCUGUUGCUAUCAAGUAUGACCCUCAGUUUGGUGAUGCCUUCUGGAAUAGCAGCAAGUAUGGCAUGGUGACGUACUUGCUCAGAAUGAUGACCAGUUGGGCCAUUGUCUGCAGUGUUUGGUACCUGCCUCCUAUGACCAGAGAGAAAGAGGAAGAUGCUGUGCAGUUUGCUAACAGAGUGAAGUCCGCCAUUGCCCGGCAAGGAGGACUGGUGGACCUGCUGUGGGACGGUGGAUUGAAGAGGGAGAAGGUGAAGGACACGUUCAAGGAGGAGCAGCAGAAGCUGUAUAGCAAGAUGAUUGUGGGUAACCAUGAGGACCGGAGCCGGUCCUGAACCUCCAUCUUGCGCUGGCCGAAGCUGCCACCUCUAAAUCCUGAAGUGAGCCAGCUGCAGUUGUGGCUGCCCCAGCCUCUGCCAUCAUCCCCGCCACCCACUGCUGCAUCCUAACAGACUCUGGCCCUCAGGCUGUCCUGGACUCCAGGACUGGAGUCUUGAGAGCUCCAUGGGCUGCCUGCUGUCCUCUAACCAGAGUGCUGCUGGCUGGGGCUCCUUGGGACAAAAUGCCUCUUGUUCCUCUAUAGUGAGCCUCUAAGAGGAGUGCCAUUAAAGCAGUUCUAGCUGGUGAGAAGGUGGGCCCUGUUCUUGCCUCGAGAGGAUGUCGGGUGUUACCGCGUAGGGACAGCCACCCUCUGGGGAAAGUUGGGAAAAACACAGCCGCAGUGGGUGCCUCUCAGCCUCCAACUAAGAGCUUUGACACAGGACAAAAGAACUGUCUACAGGAGCGUUCAUUUCAUUCGGCAAGCGGAGUCCCAAGUUCCUGUGUUCCUGCUUAUGAAGAUCAUCAGAGUAUGAGAUAGGAAAAAGCCAGUGGGCCCUGGGCUAGCCCCAGGAGUCUUUGAUUCAGACUCCAGGCUGAGCCUGAAUCCCCCACAUGACUUGUCUGUUUAAUAUGUCUGUUUCCCUGUCUGUUACAUGGAAUUGCAGGGAGAGAAAUGGUGGUGAUGCCUACCUCACAGGGUUGUUGUGGGGACUCCAGUGCUAGUGUGUGUGAAGGGAAUGUGUGCUGCUCUCCCAGGGACAGCGUCAGAGAGUGUGGCAGGACAAGGUCAGAGCUACAACUGCUGCCCAGGAUUUUAAACUUGUUUGUGAGUAAAUAAAACUGGAUGGUAAAUGAA